AUGUUCCUCUUCUCCCGGAAGACCAAGACCCCCAUCAGCACCUACAAUGACUCCUACAGGGCUCCUACCUCCAUCAAGGAGGUCUACAAGGACCCACCUCUGUGGGCCUGGGAGGCAAAUAAGUUUGUGACCCCGGGUUUGACUCAAACCAUGGAGCGCCACGUGGAUCCUGAAGCCCUGCAGAAGAUGGUCAAAUGUAAUAACCAGGACUACAGCUAUAAGAGUUCCAUAUCGGGACACCCCUAUUUGCCUGAGAAGUACUGGCUUUCUCAAUACGAAGCAGAUAAGUGCAGCCCAUGCUACCUGAGCAGUGACCGUUACAACACGUGGAGGACAGCACGGUACAACAGUCCCUACUGGAACAAGUACACCACCUGCCUCCCCCGACUGCCUAAGGACGCCGGGAUGGAGACGGUAGCUCGAGGAACGCCCUUGGAGUACCCUCCUAAACCGGAGCGGCUCAACGCCUACGAGCGCGAGGUGGUGGUGAACAUGCUGAACUCGCUGUCGCGGAACCAGCAGCUGCCGCGGGCCAUGCCCCGAUGCGGGUGCUUGGACCCGCUGCCGGGCCGCCUGCCCUACCUCGGCUACGAAAGCGCUUGCUCGGGCCGCCACUACUGCCUGCGCGGGAUGGACUACUGCACUGGCGAGGCGCCGUACACGGAGCGCCGCCUGCGGCCUCUGUGCGCCGAGCAGCCGACUGUAAGGGCUGUGUCACCCUACGACCACCGGCCCGGAAUGGAAUGUGCUGUUACAACUCUCCCGCCGUCAUACUACCCAUGUCCGAACCUUAGAUGGGAUACAAGUCACUUCAAGAAGACAGGUGGUGCCCAGAGAGACAACUAUGUGGUGCACCCUGAAUUUGUGUCUGAGACCUAUCCCGACUACCAUUGCUGGUAG